CGGUUCUGAUUGAAUUCUGGUCUGGCAAGAAAACCGUGUCCUAAAUUGUCAUCGACUCAACCCUAUAUAUUUGCUCUCCUCGGACACUCUCUCUACCUCACUGAGUACUAAACCAGAUAGGUUUUUGAGUGAGAGAUACUCUGGCCUUUGCAAAGACAAAACUAUUUUGUCAGCUCUCUGUCUCUUCUUGUUAACCUGUGAAAUUUCACAUUUUUCUCAAAACCACUGUCAGAGAAUCAACUCUAGCUCAAAGCUUUAAACGACCCUUCAUAUCAAUCUAGCUAGCCCUACACAAAAGAACCCCCCAGAAAUGCACUGUGUUUUAAGGUACUAGUCUAGGGUUUCUGGGUGUUGAAAUAUGCCCGCCGGUAUUAUGAUUCCAGCGAGAAAUAUGCCUUCGAUGAUGGGAAGCAAUGGAAAUCUUGGUGGGUAUGGAUCAUCUUCAGGACUUACUCUUGGUCAGCCAGCAAACAUGAUGGAAGCUGGAGGUCAUUUCGGAAACCCACUGGAGAUGAUAGCUACUCAGAACACAUCAGAAAGCGAGCUGAAUGCACGUUUAGGUGAUGAUUUCGACAGUGCUACAAAAUCUGGCAGCGAGAACCUGGAAGGAGGUGGCUCCGGCGACGAUGGACAAGACCCUCGCCCUAACAAGAAGAAGCGGUAUCACCGUCACACCCAGCAUCAGAUCCAAGAAAUGGAAGCUUUCUUCAAGGAGUGUCCACACCCUGAUGACAAGCAAAGGAAGGAACUGAGUCGAGAGUUAGGUUUGGAACCUUUACAGGUUAAAUUUUGGUUCCAAAACAAGCGCACCCAAAUGAAGACGCAGCACGAGAGGCAUGAGAACACAAACCUUCGUAAUGAAAAUGAAAAGCUAAGAGCUGAUAACAUGAGAUAUCGAGAGGCACUGAGCAAUGCAUCAUGUCCUAAUUGCGGAGGCCCAACGGCUAUUGGAGAGAUGUCAUUCGAUGAACAUCAUUUGAGACUUGAAAAUGCCCGAUUAAGAGAAGAGAUUGAUAGAAUAUCAGCAAUUGCUGCUAAAUACGUUGGCAAGCCAGUGGGGAACUAUCCUCAUAUGUCUUCACCAGUUCCACCUCACCGCAGUCCACUUGAUCUUGGAGUGGGAAACAUGGGAACCAGUCCUCACGGCUUCUUAUUAAACUCAGACAUGUAUACCUCUGGAGACAUUAUGCGGUCAAUCGGUGCACCAAGUGAGGCAGAUAAGCCCAUGAUUAUUGAGCUUGCAGUUCAAGCGAUGGAGGAGCUAAUUCGAAUGGCUCAAAUUGGCGAACCUUUGUGGAUGAAUAGCAUUGAUGGAUCAACCACUGUGCUCAAUGAGGAUGAGUAUAUUCGAACAUUUCCUCGAGGAAUUGUACCAAAGCAAUCUGGAUUCAAAUGUGAAGCUUCGCGGGAGAGUGCUGUUGUCAUUAUGAACCAUAAUAACCUUGUUGAAAUUCUCAUGGAUGUGAAUCAAUGGUCAACUGUGUUUUCGGGGAUUGUAUCAAGAGCUAUGACACUGGAUGUGCUAUCAACUGGAGUAGCAGGAAAUUACAAUGGAGCAUUGCAAGUGAUGACAGCAGAAUUCCAAGUACCUUCUCCAUUGGUUCCAACUCGAGAGAGUUAUUUUGUGAGGUACUGUAAGCAGCAUGUCGAUGGCACUUGGGCAGUAGUUGAUGUCUCCUUGGACAACCAACGCGGCUAUACAUCUACUCUGAAAUCCUGUCAAAGAAGACCUUCUGGUUGUCUCAUCCAAGAAAUGCCAAAUGGAUACUCAAAGGUUACUUGGAUUGAGCAUGUUGAGGUGGAUGAAAGAGGUGUUCACAAUCUGUACAAGCAACUGGUUAACUCGGGGAAUGCAUUUGGUGCAAAACGAUGGGUGGCAACCUUGGAUCGCCAAUGUGAGCGUCUUGCCAGCGCCUUGGCGACAAACAUCCCUACUGGUGAUGUUGGUGUGAUAACAACUCAAGAAGGGAGGAAGAGCAUGCUGAAGCUGGCCGAGAGAAUGGUUAUUAGUUUCUGUGCUGGAGUGAGUGCAUCUACCACUCAUACAUGGACCACAUUGUCUGGAACAGGGGCUGAUGAUGUUCGUGUGAUGACCCGAAAGAGUGUUGAUGAUCCAGGAAGGCCUCCGGGUAUUGUGCUUAGCGCUGCUACCUCAUUCUGGCUUCCUGUGCCUCCCAAAAAGGUGUUUGAGUUCCUUCGUGAUGAGAACUCCAGAAAUGAGUGGGAUAUCCUCUCCAACGGUGGCGUUGUGCAAGAAAUGGCGCACAUAGCCAACGGGCGUGACACCGGGAACUGCGUGUCACUUCUUCGUGUAAAUAGUGCCAAUUCUAGUCAGAGCAACAUGCUCAUUCUGCAGGAAAGCUGCACUGACUCAACGGCAUCAUAUGUCAUCUAUGCCCCUGUGGACAUAGUUGCCAUGAAUGUCGUUCUGAAUGGCAGUGACCCGGACUAUGUUGCCCUGCUACCAUCUGGGUUCGCCAUACUCCCAGAUGGAACUAGCGGGAGCAACAGCGGGGAAGCUGAAUCUGGAGGGUCCUUGUUGACUGUUGCCUUCCAGAUCCUGGUGGAUUCAGUUCCCACCGCAAAGCUGUCCCUGGGGUCUGUGGCAACAGUCAACAACCUCAUAGCGUGCACAGUGGAGAGGAUCAAGGCCUCAUUGUCCUUGGACAACGAAGCCUGAUCAGCUCUUGCUGUUUUAACACAGUUUUUGUUUAUGUAGGGAGCUGAAGGGAAGGAAAGGAAAGAAGCAACGAUGGUGGUGAGGAAUUCAGCUUAAACCAGAAGAGGGGAGAAGUCAAGAGCGCACCCUACAUGAUCCUUUUCAAAUGAAGGGAUUAGAGUUAGAGGGGUUCGGGAAUUGACUUCCUCGAUGUCAAGGACAAAAAUUAAGCUACUAAACCUUAAUUAUUUCUGAGUUGUAAUUUUCUUUCUUUUCACCUUCGUUAACUUUGUACUCAGAAUUAUAGUCUUG